AUGAAUGAAAAUCAAUGCCAAUAUACAAGUAAAAAAUAGUUAUCAUUACCUAAAGGUGAACCUGAAACUAUUAAAUUUGAAAAUGAAUUAAGCAAUCACUUUGGAUUCUUGACAGCCCCUAAGUAGUGCUGCCUGAUGUUAAUAAAAUGCCUUUACACAUUCUUUUCAAGAAUCCAGUUUAGGAGAUACCAAUUAUUACGACUCUUAGAAGCAACGAUAAAACAGAUGUACGAAGGUACAAGUUUUUAGUGACUGCCUUGCCAAGAGAGCAUAGUUCAAGACAUUCCAUUUUCAAAUCCAAAUGAUAAAGCUUGGACUUUCAAGUUCCUAUUAAAUUAAGAAUGAACUUGCUUUUCAUAGUUGAAUGUGUUAAUCGCAUAAAAUGAUCAUGACAUAGUUCAAUAUUUAUUGGAGGGUAAAAAAGAUUAUGUUUUGAAGAAGAAAACUAUGAUUGACAUCAAAUUACAAUUUACACCAAAAUUGAUGUCUAAGGUAGAGGCUCAUCUACAUAUUAUAAAUGUAAAUAAAAAUAAUAUCUAUGAUUACACAAUAGUAGGAAUAAGAGAAGAACCUUUAGCCUAGUCAAAUAUUGUACUCUAAUGCAAUGCUAGAUGA